AUGAUUGCAAAAUAUGACAACCAAGUUUACUGCCUCCAGAGUGAGUGCGGUGAGGCCGAGCUGGCCUGGCGGCCAGGCUACUGGCAGGCCCCUUCGGUGCUAAUCCCUUCAGAGGUCAGAUUGCUUAGCAUCUCUCUCUCUCUCCUUUCCUCCCUCUCCUCCGCCCUCCUCUCCUUCUCGCCCCAUCCCCCCUUCCCGGUCUUUCCUGCGAUUUCAGGCCGCAUUUUAGAUAUUCCCUGUAAAGUGUGUGGCGACCGCAGCUCGGGGAAACACUACGGGGUCUACGCCUGCGACGGCUGCUCGGGUUUUUUCAAACGGAGCAUCCGAAGGAAUAGGACGUAUGUCUGCAAAUCUGGAAACCAGGGAGGCUGCCCGGUGGACAAGACGCACAGAAACCAGUGCAGGGCGUGUCGGCUCAAGAAGUGUUUGGAAGUCAACAUGAACAAAGAUGCCGUGCAGCACGAGCGGGGGCCUCGGACGUCCACCAUCCGCAAGCAAGUGGCCCUCUACUUCCGUGGGCACAAGGAGGAGAACGGGGCGGCCGCGCACUUCCCCUCCGCCGCGCUGCCAGCGCCCGCCUUCUUCACCGCUGUCACGCAGCUGGAGCCACACGGCCUGGAGCUGGCCGCCGUGUCCGCCACCCCCGAGCGGCAGACCCUCGUGAGCCUGGCUCAGCCCACGCCCAAGUACCCCCACGAAGUGAAUGGGACUCCAAUGUAUCUCUAUGAAGUGGCCACCGAGUCAGUGUGCGAGUCAGCUGCCAGGCUUCUGUUUAUGAGCAUCAAGUGGGCUAAGAGUGUGCCAGCUUUCUCCACACUCUCUUUGCAAGACCAGCUGAUGCUUUUGGAAGAUGCUUGGAGAGAACUGUUUGUUCUAGGAAUAGCACAAUGGGCCAUUCCGGUUGAUGCUAACACUCUACUGGCUGUAUCUGGCAUGAAUGGUGACAACACAGAUUCCCAGAAGCUGAACAAGAUUAUAUCUGAAAUACAGGCUUUACAAGAGGUGGUGGCUCGGUUUAGACAACUCCGGUUAGAUGCUACUGAAUUUGCCUGUCUAAAAUGCAUUGUCACUUUCAAAGCUGUUCCAACACACAGUGGUUCUGAACUGAGAAGUUUCCGGAAUGCUGCCGCCAUCGCAGCUCUUCAAGAUGAAGCUCAGCUAACUCUCAACAGCUACAUCCACACCAGAUAUCCCACUCAGCCGUGUCGCUUUGGAAAACUCCUGUUGCUUUUGCCAGCUUUACGUUCUAUUAGUCCAUCAACCAUAGAAGAAGUGUUUUUCAAAAAGACCAUUGGCAACGUGCCAAUUACAAGACUGCUUUCAGAUAUGUACAAAUCCAGCGACAUCUAAGCUCUCGAGGUCCCCACUUUUCAGGAUGGGACAGUCUCUGAUGAACUUCUACCCACGGAGAACAAGCCUCAACUAACAAACGCUUCAGGGGGCAUAAACCUGGGGAUGUGCAGCCUGCAGGAAAAAAUGUCAAUUGGCACAGAACAGUUCCAGUAGCUUUGACCUGCUGCCUCACCCAGGGUAGGGCAGCCUGGAAGGAAAGGGGGAGUCACAGGACCCCUGAGCAGAGCGCUCACUGCUGCCAUGCCCUGGGAGGGGGGCGGAAUCGGGGGCUGUCACAGGCCUGCCGUUCUGCCUCUUCCUGGAAGAUCCGGCUGAAUUAUCAAAAGCCGAAACACGAGUAGAACUUUCUUUUCCUUUUUAGCUUACAAAGUUGGGUAACCAAAUAUAGUUCUCUGUGUAUAACAUCAGACAGCAGCCUUCAGAACUAUCUUAUGUUGGAGGAUUUAUUUUACAAAUAAUGGUUAGGUCUUCAAUCAAAAGUUUUAUCAAAAGUUCCCCUUCUAUUGUAAUACAUCAUGAAGUGGCCUUCAGAACUGAGUUAAUAAGUGAAAGGUAGCUGAUGCCAUGAGAUUUGCUUUUCCUCUCUCUUUUUUCUUUCCCUUCUCUUUCGUUCUUCUUCUUUUUAAUACCAUAGGCCAGGCAACCUUGUCAAAGGAAUUGGUGGACGAAAAUGAGAUUCUCACCAGGACUUUAGGUUGGAUAACAUCUCAAAAAUAGAAGAGCUUUACUAAAGGAACACAAGUCGAGGGAGGGUGAAUAAAGACAGCAAAACCAAAUAAAGUGGAGAUGAGUGAUGGAGGGAGGCAGAUUGCUGUCCCAUUAACAUAGUGCUGAAACCAAAGGCAAUGGGGGUCGACACUCGUGUUUCAGCGAGUCACACCAGACAGUAAAUGAAUAGAGAUAUGAUGCCAGAAGGAACUUCAAGGAGACGGAUGCGAAAGGUUUCGUGACUGAUCCAUUGCUAACAGCCUGAGACUCUUCAAUGCCUUUCAGAAAACCGGUUUCUAGUAAAGCCUUGAAUGCGUACACACGCAUGUGCACACACACACACACACACACACAUCGUCCUAUACUAUACGCUGCUCCUUUGGUAUGAAUCUAUACUUAUGGAAAUGUAGAAACAAACAUUUUAAAAUAGCUGCUGUACUUUUCACGUUUUGAUUUAUUAGGUACUAGCACUGAGGAAAAAUAUCCAGCACUUGGCCUAUCAUAGGGUGAGUCAAACUUUUCUUGUACAAAGUGAAUUAACUGAUUUGUGAAGUUACAGGUUGUACUCAUUGUAUUUACAAAGAAUAAAAAUAUAUUGAAUUUAAAUGAA